CUUGUACGAAGCAGCCGAGCUCUCCAGCUCCGGAAGUCGAGCAGCAACGCUAGCUUCACAAUAGCUUAGCUACAAGCCCUUAGUGCGACGCCCAAAGUGUCUAAACGCAUUUAUCUGGUCUUAUUAUUUCGAGUGGAACGACGUUUGCCACAAAAUGUCGAGCAGGAAGAGGUCGAGGGAGAAAGACGAGCGACGAGAGCACAAACGACAUAAGACGACGUCCAAGGAGGACGACGAGAAGCUUAAAAGUCAGAUGAAGAGGCUCAACCAGCAAGUACAAAACCUCAAACACAUCGAGACAUUCUAUGAAAAGCCUCCACCUGGAUAUAUUAAGGAGCAUGAGGAGAAACCCGAGGACUGCAUUCCUGCCGAACCCGGAAAUGAGGGUGCGCGCACUUUCCUGGCCAAGGCGCCCACCAAGGGCCUGUGGAUGCCGCUCGGCAAAGAGGUCAAGGUGAUGCAGUGCUGGAGGUGCAAACGUUACGGCCAUCGCACGGGAGAUCGCGAGUGUCCGUUUUUCAUCAAAGGCAACCAGAAACUGGAGCAGUUCCGCGUGGCCCACGAAGACCCCAUGUACGACCUGAUUCGAGAGAAUGAAAGGAACGCCAAAGAAAGCAGGAUCCAGCAGCUGCAGCAGCUUCUCCAAGACACCACGUCAUCCUCCUCGUCAUCCUCCUCGUCCUCUGACGGCGGCAAGAAGAAGAAGAAAAAGGAAAAGAAGAAAAAAAAGAAGAAGAAGCAGCACAAGAAGAAGCAGAAGCAGAAGCACCAGUCGUCCUCGGAGUCCGAUUGAUCGGCGACACUGCGAGUGGACGUCAAGAAAUACAACCUUAAGGCAGCAUCCUUGUGCAGGUGAUGACUCGCCCUUCUGUUGGCUCGCUAACACUCACACAAGAUGAGACUUUUUUUUUUUGUUCAGAUGUUUACCUCGUUUUUGUGUUGACGCCAUCUUGGGUUUCUGUGAAAGCACUCUGUUGAGUGCGGAGCGCGCAACGGAAACCGUUCACCGCCGCGCUCCGGACUAAACCCUCAGGAGGCGACUGCGUAGCAUACUUGGGAUGGUUUGAGGUUUGGGGGUUGUUUGCUCUGGAAAAAAAAAAAAACGCUCGGCGGCUGAGAAAUGUACGCCAAUAUUUCUCGUGUGCUGAGGAUAAAGACUUUUUUUUUUCCUUUUCCAUUGUGCUUGAACCCCUAAGUCCAAAAGUAAUGAUGAAGAACUCACUGCGGCUUGAUCUUCCAUCAGUUUGGAAUGCUGUGAGCACCAUCCCCCAUCUCUUCAUCGUCUGUUACUCUCGCUUAGUUAAGGCAGAUGCUCGCAUGAGAGCCUUGCUUCUCUCCGAGGUUCCCUGCUGGAUCUUUCACACGACACAGACCACAACAAAUCAUUUGAAAAGUUGUUUUGUCCAUAGCGGAGGGCAAUGGUUUUGUAGGAAGUUCUUGCAGCCAGACUGACAAUUCUGAAUUGUCAAAUCCUUUCAUCACUUGAAGAUACAGUGUAAAAUUUGCCUCUUCACCACCUUUCUGGUUUCGGAGACAGCAGGUAGAGGUUCAUCUCCAAGAGUCUCAUUCUUAACGUGUGCAACAAUGGGCGUCACCUUGGCAGCGGGAAGCGUCCGGAUCCCAGUGAAAGAGUUCCAUGCAGUGGAACUAAUAAAGCUGCUGUCUUGUUCCCUCCUUCGCAGCUGUGACUCGCUGCCUUUGACAUCCCGCCGCGCAGCUUUAAAUUCAAAUGCGGCCCCGGAUGGAAGGAUUACUCUUGCUGGCGCUCGCCUCCAGCCUGAAAACAUUGCCACCAUUUGUACGCGCUAACGCAUCUGACGGCGCUCUAGCAUUGAUUCACUUUCAUUGCUAUGAUGCUACUCAAAACCCUUUUUUUUAACGUCUUCAGUUGGCCAGGCGGGCAAGAGAAGAGAAAAUUAACUCGUAUCCACGGCAAUGUUUUUUUUUUCCCCCCUCUUUCUUAGUGAGAUUUGACCCACCACUUGUUGGAUCUGGUGGGGGCACCGCAUAUUGCUCCUUAACAGAAUCAGUCAAACCAUUAAUUCUGUUCCUGAAUUCAAACUGCAUCGUUUAUGAAAGAGAUCACGCGGAAGCAUUGCAUGUAACGUGACCACCGCAGAGGGGGGGAGCGUUCAAUGACGAUGAAUUAUUAAAAAUGUGGCUACGCUCGAAGCUUUUCUUGGGUGUUAACUCCUCACUUCAAUUUGCUGUAUCAUUUCCUUUGGCAGAGAUUUACAAUAAAUUAAAAAAAAAAUUACUUGAUGCACUUCAAUGAGGUUACAAAAAAAGUGUAAGAUGAAAUGUAAGGGCUUUUUUUGCUCAAAAUAUGAGAACCUGUUACAAACUGCUCUCAUUAUGAUUUGUACGCUACCAAAAUCACAGUAAUAAACCAAGUUUCUCUACAUUUUA